AACAGUGCCAUUUGGGAAAGCAGCACAGCCCCCCUACCCCCAGCUAUGGCCCACAAGUACGACACGCUUCUUGCUAGAAAAUCUGAGUUAAGCAAAACACGCUCAGACAAGCAGCCACUUCCCCAACCCUGGUACAAGGAGAGGUUAAAGACGAAGUACCUCAAAAAGAAUCAAACCUUGUCAUCUGAUGCUUUGAAUGGACAUCGAUGGCGUUUCUUGAAAAGUGGACUGGAUGAUUUCCGUGAUGGCUAUCCCCCUCAGACACAAGAAGACUUAGCCAUGAUACGCAGUGUGAAGGGUGCUGGUCUUAGUCCCUUUCUCUUGAAGGUCACAGAAACUUUCAGACCUGCUCAGAGUGUGUCAAAAAGGCUUACUAAAUCACAGAUAUGUUUUUCCAAGUCUCUACCAUUACAACAGACGAGGAGGGAGCAGCUGGAAGAGAUUGAAUAUGGCUUGAGUCAGCAUCCAUUAGCUCUUUAUCCACAUCUGGAAGAAGGAAUACCUCCAGAGCUCUUUGAGGUAAUUGUAGGUCUACUGGACCCUGAGAUGCUAUUGUCUCAUGAUGUUUAUGUAGAAGUACCUGAUGAAAAGAAGCAGACAGUUAUAAAACCAAAAGAGAAGACACAAGACAGAAAAUGUUUAGAAAAUUUCAAUAAGCAUUGGUACUUGGAUUGUACAGCAGUGAAGAACCAAAGCAGAGAAACCCCUAUAAGUGGAUCCUAUCCAGAGGGAAACAGAAGAAGGAAGACCAGAAAACCAGCCGAAAAUGGGAUAAAAAAACAGGACAAGAUGAAGAAAUAAAACAAAUAACAAAGGAAUUUUGUG